UUUAGCCAACACGCCAUAAGAACAGUGCGGGAAGACGGAUAGUAGGGGUUGUUCAUUCACUGGAUUCUCGAAAUUUCAUCUCCCCGUCCCCCUUCUGGAGAGCGCAUACCCAGUAAACACGGCGUUGUUUGUUCAGCAGUCGCGCAAAAGAGAGUCGUGGUCACCUGAUUGGGUCUUUUCUGAGGUUUUAUCGGCAGUCUUGUAUCUGUGAGCGGCAGACACGCUGAUGGCGGUCACUAUUGAGGAUCUCUAUCGAAGCUACGGGAUCCUUGCUGAUGCAAAGGAAGACCUCAGCCAGCACAAAGAUGCAUACCAAGUGAUCUUGGAUGGUGUGAAGGGGGGGGCGAAAGAGAAGCGCCUGGCUGCGCAGUUUAUUCCCAAGUUCUUUGGCAACUUUCCGGAAUUGGCUGAUGCGGCCAUUAAUGCCCAGCUUGAUCUCUGUGAAGAUGAGGACGUGUCGAUCCGGCGGCAGGCGAUCAAGGAGCUCCCUCGGUUUGCGACUGGAGACAACAUCCUCAGAGUUGCAGAUAUUCUCACUCAGCUCCUGCAGACAGAUGAUACAGCAGAGUUCAACCAAGUGAACGUGGCACUUAUUUCAAUCUUCAAGAUGGAUGCUAGGGGUACUCUCGGAGGCCUCUUCUCUCAGGUCCUGCAGGGCGAGGACAUCGUGCGGGAAAGGGCCAUCAAGUUUCUGUCGGCUAAACUGAAGACCCUGCCAGAGGACGUCAUGACAAAGGAGGUGGAGGAGUAUGUGUUUGCAGAGACAAAGAAGGUGUUGGAGGAUGUGACGGGAGAGGAGUUUGUGCUGUUGAUGCGCGUCGUGUCAGGACUGCGGAUCCUACAGACGGUGAACGGCCGGCAGCAGCUGGUGGAGCUGGUGGUGGAGCAGGCUUUCCUGGAGCAGGCUCUCAACCCAGCCGACCCCGACACUGUUGAUCGCCUGCUGCAGUGCACACGCCAGGCCUUGCCCCUGUUCUCGAAAAAUGUCCAUUCCACACGUUUUGUAACCUACUUCUGUGAACACGUCCUGCCAAACCUCAGCGCCCUGACGAGUCCUGUGGCAGAGCUGGACAUUCAGUUGGAGGUGCUGAAGCUGCUGGCUGAGAUGAGUCCGUUCUGCGGAGACAUGGAGAAGCUGGAGAGCAACCUCAACAUGCUGUUCACCAAGCUGCUGGAGUACAUGCCUCUGCCACCAGAGGAGGUGGAGAACGGAGAGAACCCAGCAAACGAGGAGCCCAAACUGCAGUUCAGCUACGUGGAGUGUCUCCUCUUCGGCUUCCACCAGCUGGGCAAGAAGCUGCCGGACUUCCUCAUCGACAAAGUGGACGCUGAGCGCCUCAAAGACUUUAAGAUCAGGUUACAGUAUUUUGCCAGAGGCCUGCAGGUUUAUAUCAGACAGCUGCGAGUAGCACUGCAAGGCAAGUCGGGAGACGCUCUGAAGACAGACGAGAACAAGAUCAAAGUGGUGGCCCUGAAGAUCACAAAUAACAUCAACAUCCUCAUCAAGGAUCUCUUCCAUAACCCGCCGUCCUUCAAGAGCACAGUCACUCUGUCCUGGAAACCGGUCCAGAAGGCAGAGGCAGCAGCAGCAGCAGCAGCAGCACCCAAGCGUCCGUCAGGUGAGGAGAUGGGCUCCGGAGGCAGCACAAAAAAACAGAUCUCUCCUCAGCACCGGAGGGACGCACGGCAAAUCUACAACCCCCCCAGCGGCAAGUACAGCGCCACCAUUGGCAAUUUUAGCUACGAGCGUGGUGGGUUCAGGGGCGGCCGAGGACGAGGCUUUGGAGCCAGAGGCAACAGGAGCCGAGGCCGGCUCUACUGAGACGCUGCGAAACACAUCCACAGUACAGAUUGCUCAUUGAACUGCAUCACAUCGAGAUCUUUUCCUCCCCAACAUGGACUAUCGGUCACCUACUCUUCUGUUUUUUUGUUUUUUUUUUAAACUGGUCUCCACAUCUUUCCACCUUCCAGCCCACUCAUCCAGAUUUUUUUUUUUUCCACAUGUCUUUUUUGGACGGCGGUGUGGGUUCAAUUUCCAGUCUUCAGACAGCAGUCUCAGACUUUUUAACAUUUGUCUCCGCGUGUUCCUCUUGGCCAAGGCGAUAGUUCAAGUAAAUCUAAAUGUUUUAGUUCCUCCUCUGUAAUUUUUUUUUUUUUAAAUAUUGUGUAUUUUUGUGGAACAAAAGACUGCCAAGUUGUAACUGAUAAAUAUUUUUGUCAGAUUGUCGUAGGAAAAGAUAAAGAUCCUCUCGUUUUGCAACAUGUUGAUGAAUGCAUUUCUUUCUACCUUUUUUAUUUAAUCUUGUUUUCUUUUUUUUUAAUAGAGCCUAAGUUGAAUUGGAUGACUAUGCUACUUUGUAUGAAUCAAUGAUGUUGUUUCAUUGGAUUUUUAUCAUAAACUUGUAUGGAAGUAUGAA